UGGUCUCUCCUCAUCCAAUAGAAUAACGACGGCCCCAAUAAAGAAAACCACCAUAGCCACAGCACCUAUCUCCAACCAUCCCUCGCAACUGACAGUUGCUUUUCAUGUGCCAUGGAAGCGAAGCGAAGUGAACCGCUUCAGAAAAAAAGAAAAUAAAAUGCUUUUCUCACACUCCACACUCCCAAAUGUCUAUUCGACAUUCUCUCCCUCCUCUUCUUCUUCUUCUUUCCGUAAACGAUCCACUUCCACUUGUCUCCUCUCAUCGUCACCAUCCUCACCUACGACUUCUGUGUCAGGUCCACGUGUUUUCACAGUCAAAAUGUCAUCAGAUUCGCUUCCUCCUCUACCGGAGAGCCGCAUCAUUCUAGGAUGUGGAGGAAUUUCGGUCGAUUUUUUAGCUGCUGUCGCUUCUUAUCCUAAACCUGACGACAAGAUCAGAAGCACUAGCUUGAAGGUUCAAGGAGGUGGAAAUGCUGGGAAUGCAAUGACUUGCGCUGCUCGCUUGGGCUUAAAACCUAGGAUAAUUUCUAAGAUUGCUGAUGAUAGUCAAGGCAGGAGUAUUUUGGAGGAACUGGAGAACGAUGGUGUGGAUACUUCUUUCAUUGUGGUUUCCAAGGAUGGUAAUUCACCGUUUACCUAUGUUAUUGUCGACGACCAAACGAAAACUCGUACUUGUAUCCAUACACCUGGGUAUCCUCCCAUGAUACCUGAUGAUCUGUCUCAAUCAAGCCUACUUUCUGCGCUGGAUGGAGUAAGACUUGCAUAUUUUGAUGUAAGGUUGCCUGAAACAGCCUUAGUUGUUGCAGAAGAGUUGAUUUGUCCAGUGCAGGCAACUCGCAGGAAUAUACCUGUUUUAAUUGAUGCAGAAAGGAAAAGGGAAGGAUUGGACGAUUUUCUGAAAUUAGCUAGUUAUGUUGUAUGCUCUGCAAAAUUUCCACAGGCAUGGACAGAAGCACCAUCAGUUCCAACUGCGCUUCUUUCUAUACUUUUGAGAUUGCCAAACAUCAGAUUUGUGAUAGUGACCUUGGGUGAAGAUGGAUGCGUGAUGCUUGAGAGAAGUACAAAUGUAGAGGCUCCUGCAUCAGAGGAAUUGGAUGUAGAUAAUUUAUUCGAAUCAUUGAAGCAGAGAAAAGAUGAUACAAUUUCCAUACCAACAUGUUUCUCUUCGCCAUUGACAAAACUAGGAGCAAAUGGCAUAGGAACAGUGAAUGGGAGAAUGUUUUUAGGAACAGCUGAGAAGAUACCUCCACAAGAACUUGUUGAUACUACUGGUGCUGGAGACGCAUUUAUUGGAGCAGUUCUUUAUGCAAUCUGUGCUGACAUGCCACCAGAGAAAAUGUUGCCAUUUGCUGCUCAAGUGGCAGCUGCCAGCUGCAGAGCAUUGGGAGCUCGAACUGGUCUUCCACACCGCUCAGAUCCACGCUUGGAGCCAUUCUUACAUAAGAGUUACAUGAUAGCAUAAAUAUCAUCUCUGAUUGAGGUUUUAAAUGAGCCUCAGCUUUGUUGUGUCCGUAUCUUAUGCUGUAUAUGUUAUGUAAAUAUAUAGCUGAUCAAAUAAACUUCCAAAGAAGAACGCGUAACUGAAGUUAUAAAACACACACAAUAUAUGACACUCGUAGUUAAUCUGCAUCUAUACAAGCUACUAUUUAUGCCC